GACUACGUGCGCAGCAAGGAGUUCCGAGACUAUUUGAUGAGCACGCACUUCUGGGGGCCAGUAGCCAACUGGGGACUUCCUGUUGCUGCUAUUAAUGACAUGAAGAAAUCUCCAGAAAUCAUUAGUGGCCGAAUGACAUUUGCACUGUGUUGUUACUCCUUGACUUUCAUGAGAUUUGCCUACAAAGUGCAGCCAAGGAACUGGCUUCUCUUUGCGUGCCACUUGACUAAUGAAGUUGCACAACUUAUUCAAGGAGGGCGACUGAUCAAAUACAGGUUGGAGAAAAAGAACUAAAUAUCUAACUUGAACUAAGCCAAGGAAUAUGGUCAUCCUGAAUUACAACCAAGGAAGAUCUGCCAUCUACAGUUGCUGUGACAAAGACAAUGGGGGGAUAAAACAAAAGCACCUGUUGUGAAUGACCCCAUCAAUAAUAUUUCUAAUUUUUAUCUUGCCUUUUUAAAAGUACUAUACAGCGAUGGGAACCACUGCUUCUAAUGUUUUGUUGCCUUAUUUGUCCUUAGUAACUACCCUUCUAACUGAGUUUGUUACUCAACCAACCAGCACUAUUUGAAAACCAAUUUCUUAUUAUGAAAAUAAGUUUGUGAAGCCAUCACAAGCUAUUUUGUUUCCAAAUUAACCUGAAUAGAGGUCAGUAAAACAGAACUGUAGGUGGUGUUAUUCUAUACAUUAACAUAUACUUAAAAGCCAUUUAACUUGGGUGCAUUCAUUCCUAGUCUCUUUUUUUAACUUAAGCAGUGGCUUGCUAAUCUCCAAGAACAAAUGUGUAGACACAGCCUGGAAGCAGCCAGCUUUCCCUCUUACUGCAUGCCUUGUCUCAGUAAAGAGACAUAAAGGUAACGAUUUUUAAGUCGCACAUUACUUAGUAAAGAUGGUGAAAAGCAAAAGCAUAGCACUGAAUGAAGGAAGGCAACAAAGUCUGAUACUAUUUUCCAGGUAAUUCUAAUUUGUUUUACUACUGCUUGAGUUCUAGAUGUAUGUAAUCUUUAUUCAGUCAAGAACUUACUUAACUUAAUUUGUUUGAGUCUGGGAUGUGAAGGACACAAGGUGCCUUUCAUUAGUUUUUUGAUAUCAUUGAAGAGUGAUUUUUUUCAUGCAUGACCUGCCUGAAAGUUACAUUGUUGUUAAAAAUAUAGAUGACAAAGAAUGUACAUGGUGGAUUUUAUUUAGGUGCAGUGUUUUGAACAAUAAAACAUAUUCCAAAUGGCAAUAAACCAUCUCAAAAAUUGUGAACA